AAAGCCUAGAGUAAGUUUUCUAAUCUUGAGCUCCCAUUCUUCUCAGAUCACCACCAUGAGCAGCUCUAGAGCUAGAAACUUCCGCCGUCGCAGCGACGACGACGAAGACAACACCGACAGUACUCCCUCUACUGUGUCCGCCGCCGCCACCACCACGGGUAAGAAACCUUCCUCAUCAAAACCUAAGAAACUGCUGAGCUUUGCUGACGAUGAAGAAGAAGACCGCCCAUCUUCAAAUAGAGUGAAAAACAAACCCUCUUCACGUCUCAACAAACCCUCUUCAUCUCACAAAAUUACUUCCUCUAAAGAACGCCUUCCUAUUCUCUCCAAUGUUCUACCCCAAGCUGGAACUUAUACUAAAGAAGCCCUCCUUGAACUUCAAAAGAACACCAAAACUUUAGCCGCCCCCUCCUCUAAACCCCCGCCUUCUUCUGAACCCACAAUUGUCCUCAAGGGCCUGCUCAAGCCUCAAAAUUCCACCUUUUUCGAAGACAAACCUUCUAGGGUUUCUUCGGAUUCCGAUUCUGAUAAUAAAGAUGAUACGGAGAAGAGAUUUGCUUCGAUGGGGAUUGCCAAAGGGAAAGACUUGAUUCCUGAUAAAGCUACAAUAGAAGCAAUUAGAGCAAAGAGGGAGAGAAUGAGGCUAUCUAGAGGGCGGGCGGCGCCAGAUUAUAUAUCGUUGGAAGGAGGGAGUGAUCAGCGUUUGGGUGGAGAGGAUUUGAGUGAUGAAGAACCGGAAUUUCCAAGGCGAGUGGCUAUGUUUGGGGAGAAGCUAGAGAGUGACAAGAAGAAUAUGAAGAAGGGUGUUUUUGAGGAUGAGGAGGAGGAGGAUGAGAGGCCUGUGGUGGUUGGUAAUGCUGGGAAGAAAAACGUGGAGGAUAAUGAAUAUGAUGAUGAAGAUGAAGUUGCUAAAAUGUGGGAAGAGGAGCAAGUGAGGAAGGGUUUAGGGAAGAGAAUAGAUGAUAGUUCUGCUGCUGCUAGGGUCGUUUCUAGUGCUACUACAAGUGUUCCUAUGUCUCAGCAGCCCUUGGUGCAGCCACAGAAGUUGUAUCCCACAGCAGCUCCGCCGAGUAUUGGAGGGGCAAUUGGAGCAUUACAAGGAUUUGAUACAAUGUCAAUAUCUCAGAAAGGAGAGAAUGCCAUAAAAGCUGUGAACGAUAAUAUCAAUAGGCUUAAGGAAACUAAUGGUAGAGUGAUGUCAUCACUGACAAAGGCCGAUGAAGAUUUGUCUGCCUCACUCUUGAAAAUUACUGAUCUUGAAAGGUCUCUAUCUGCUGCCGGUGAGAAGUUCAUCUUUAUGCAAAAGCUUCGUGACUUCGUUUCUGUCAUAUGUGAAUUUUUGCAGCAUAAAGCUCCUUACAUAGAGGAACUUGAAGCGCAGAUGCAAAAGCUCCAUGAAGAACGUGCAUCCACCUUAUUGGAGAGAAGGGCUACCGACAAUGAUGAUGAAAUGAUUGAGGUAGAAGCAGCUGUGAAAGCAGCUAUGGCAGUAUUCAACGAACGUGGCAACAAUGCUGCAAUGAUUGCAGCUGCCAAAAGUGCAGCUCAGGCGGCAUCUUCUGCCAUUAGAGAACAAACAAAUUUGCCAGUGAAGUUAGAUGAAUUUGGUAGAGAUAUGAACCUAAAGAAACGGAUGGAUAUGACACGGAGGGCUGAAGCACGCCAACGUAGGAGAGCUCGAUUUGAGUCAAAGCGCUUGUCAUCCAUGGAUAUUGACAGUUCCAAUCAGAAAAUGGAAGGAGAAUCUAGUACUGAUGAAAGUGAUAGUGAGAGUUCUGCAUACCAGUCAAACCGUGAAUUGGUGCUCCAGCAUGCUGAUGAGAUUUUCAGUGAUGCAUCUGAGGAAUAUUCCCAACUUUCAUUGGUUAAAGAAAGGUUUGAAAAAUGGAAGAGAGAGUAUUCAUCGAGCUAUCGUGAUGCUUACAUGUCCCUAAGUGCUCCUACUAUUUUGUCUCCAUUUGUAAGGUUGGAGCUCUUAAAGUGGGACCCACUACAUGAGGAUGCUGAUUUCUCUGAUAUGAAAUGGCAUUCUUUACUAUUCAGUUAUGGUUUGCCAGAAGAUGGGAGAGAUUUUGCCCUGGAUGAUGCUGAUGCUAACCUGGUUCCUACGCUGGUGGAAAAGGUUGCACUUCCAAUUCUGCACCACGAAAUUGCUCAUUGCUGGGACAUGCUUAGUACAAGAGAAACAAAGAAUGCUGUUUCUGCUACAAGCUUGGUUGUCGCCUAUGUUCCUACUUCCAGUGAGGCACUAGCGGAUUUACUACUUGCUAUUCGUACCCGCCUGGCUGAAGCUGUUUCUAACCUUACAGUCCCUGCAUGGAGCCCUCUUUUAAUGAAUGCUGUUCCCAAUGCAGCACGGAUUGCAGCAUACCGAUUUGGGAUGUCUGUUCGUUUGAUGAGAAAUAUCUGCUUGUGGAAAGAAAUCCUGGCAUUGCCAAUUCUAGAAGAGCUUGUCCUUGAUGAGCUUUUGUGUAGAAAAGUAUUGCCACAUGUUCGAAGCAUCACAUCAAAUGUUCAUGAUGCAAUCAUGAGAACCGAAAAAAUUGUUGCUUCUUUAUCUGGGGUCUGGUCUGGUUCAAGCGUCACUGGAAGCCGCAGCCGUAAGUUGCAACCAUUGGUUGAUUACAUGCUAUCAUUAGGAAAGACUCUAGAGAAGAAGCAUUUGGCUGGUGUGACUGAGAAUGAGACAGGCGGACUUGCUCGUCGAUUGAAGAAAAUGUUGGUUGAGCUCAAUGAGUAUGACAAUGCAAGGAACAUAGCUAGGACCUUCCGUCUUAAGGAGGCUUUGUGA